UUUAGGCGUUCGGGCCGCCUUAAACAGAAGCCGCAGAACAAGCAGCGUGAGUUACGGGCAAAUACAACGAGUCGAUCAAGGGGUUGCUCAACACGCGUCGACGGAGCUCAGUUUGGAAGUUGAGCGGCGACGUACCGUUCUCAGUCCCGCAUCAAAAGCGAACAGUUGCCGUGAGAAUUCAAAAGGUUUUAGAUGAUUUGAAUGAAUUAAUUGAAACUAUAGCUUAAACGUUUCUCUCUUCAAAAUCAUCAAAUGUUAAGUCGUCAUAAAAUUCUGAACUAAAGCCUUAUGCAUCCAUCCUCAAUUGACAAAUGGUCAAACAUGCUCUACCACACACCUCCAAUUACCUUGGGACAUAUGAUUCCAUCACACCCUCAACCUACCCUUAGUUUUCCUCCAGCAGAACUAGUACCCUCUUACUACCCAGCAACUUUUAACAAAGGACAAAUACCUGUAAUGCCUGUUGCACAGCCAGUAUGCCACCUACCAACAUACCGUGAACAAUACACCCCUACAUACUCUAGUGCAGAUACUGCCAUGUACUUCCCCCAGUCUCCACUACUUCGCAAUACUAACAUACCUCAUACUUUGGAGCCCACCUUAACUGUAAAUAACCGCUUAAAGGCAAGAUUUGAUUUUUCCAAACUUGCUGAAUCAGCAACAACUGUUGAAACACCUUUUCCUAAUUCCAUUGUAAGUCCAGUAGAAGAUCCCUUUAGUUCUAUAGUCACACCUUGGUGCCCAUAUGGAAUAGUACCUAGGUACACAAACUCUAGAACAGCGUCAUCAACCACAAAUGGAUCAACCAGGCCCAGGAAGGAAUUUAUUUGCAAAUUCUGUCAGCGAAGGUUCACGAAGUCUUAUAACCUUCUAAUUCAUGAAAGAACUCAUACAGACGAAAGACCAUAUACUUGUGAUAUAUGUCAUAAAUCUUUCAGAAGACAAGAUCAUUUGCGAGAUCAUAGGUACAUUCAUUCUAAAGAAAAACCGUUCAAGUGCACUGAUUGCGGUAAAGGCUUCUGCCAAUCCAGAACACUUGCUGUGCACAGAAUUUUGCACAUGGAAGACUCGCCUCACAAAUGUGCAACUUGUGGAAGAACCUUUAACCAGCGAAGUAAUUUAAAAACUCAUCUCUUGACUCAUACAGACAUUAAACCUUACAACUGUUCAUCUUGUGGAAAAGAAUUCCGUAGAAACUGUGACCUUAGGAGACAUACUCUCACCCACGCCUCUAGUGGCGGUUGCGAGAACAAUAAUGGUUCUUCAUUCACUUCUUCUCCAAUAGAUGGCGCUCCUACAUCUCCUGCUAGCAUUUGCGAUUCUGGAUUGGAGAGUGGAGAUCAAGACCCUGGUUUUGAUGAUGAUGAUAGUGACUCAUCGUUAUGUCAUGAAAAUGAAAUAGUAGACGUUGAAAAUUAAAAAGAGGAACAUCAAUUUAUUUAUUUUCUUAAUAAGUUAAUAAAUAUACCCAUUUGCAAUAAAUUUUAUUAAUAUUAAACAGAAGAUAUUUCAUAUUUAUAGUCUUAAAAAAUGUAAACAUAUCUGCAAUAAAAAUAUUAACUGUUUUACAUUUGCACAUAAAGGUUGUAGGAUUGUAAGAGAAUAUGAAUUAAAUAAUGAUAAUAUAAAUUAUGUCUAAGAAACAUUUUAUUUUAGGAAUUCUCAAAAUCUAAUUGUUAGCAAUUACUUAUGUUUGCUUUUUUGAUUUAAUUUAAAUUAAAGAAAUAAAUAUCAUAUUUGAAU